UGAGGGGAGCCGGUAUAAAGAAAUGGGGGACAAGACAGAGGACACACAGCCAGACAUAUUUAUAGAUGGUGAGAAACUGAUACUGAGAGUGUGCAGCAGAAGGCAGAGAGACAGAUGAGAGACGGAGAGAGAGAGAAAGAGAGAGAGAGUGGGCAGGGCUCUAGGUAUGUGAGAACAACAGCACGCCGGGCCAGUGGGACAGAGAGGGGGGAGUCAGACGAAAGGGAUGAGGAGAGUGUUCGGUGAAGUGCUUGCGAGUGUGUGUGAGUGUGAGAUCAGACCGAGUCCAAGUGCAAGGCUGUGAGCCAAGGAGAGGGAUGCUCGAGGAGGAUGAGGAGUAACAGGGCGAGGCAGCAGCGAGAGGCUCUGGGAGUGUGUGUGUGUCUGUGUGUGUGUGAGUAAUAGUGUGUGAACAGAGGGAUGCAGUCAUGUCUCUGUGAGAGGGAGCAGCACAGCAACCGUAACCAUGCUGAGCCCCAAGAUAAAACAGGCACGCCGGGCGCGAUCCAAGAGUAUGGUUCUUGGAGAGUUGACUCGGGUCUCCAGGCCCUGUUCUCCCCUGGAUCAGGAGAAAGCGCUGAAGGCGGGCUGGCUGAAGAGACAGCGGAGCAUCAUGAAGAACUGGCAGCUUCGUUGGUUUGUCCUGAGGACCGAAGCUCUGUAUUUCUACAAGGACCAGGAUGAAAGCAAGGCACAGGGUUGUAUUCCUCUUCAGGGUAGUCAGGUCAAUGAGGUGCCUGCCAAUCAGGACGAGCCUGGUCGCCACCUUUUUGAAAUUGUUCCAGGAGGGGCUGGAGAAAAGGAUCGAACGGGUGUAAGCCAUGAAUCAUUCCUGCUGAUGGCCAACUCUCAGAGUGACAUGGAUGAGUGGGUCAGAGCCAUACGUAGAGCGAUCUGGGCUCCUCUUGGUGGAGGUGUCUUUGGGCAGCACCUAGAGGAAACGAUGUUGUAUGAGGCCCAGUGUGGCCGUCAGCGUCAGGUCCCUGUCCUGGUCGAACAGUGUGUAGGCUUCAUACAUGAACAUGGACUCAAGGAGGAGGGCCUUUUUAGAGCCCCUGGACAGACCAAUCAUGUUCGGGAACUGCAGGAUGCCUUUGACCGUGGCAAGAAGCCAGUGUUUGACAGUUCCACAGAUGUCCACACGGUGGCAUCGCUGCUAAAGCUGUACAUACGAGAGCUGCCAGAACCUAUAAUCCCAUUCUCCAAAUACACACAGUUCCUUUCGUGUGCUCAGCUACUUACCAAGGAUAAAGAAAUGGUACCUAAAUGCCAGCCAAAGCUCUCACUGACAUGUUUUUAUAGUCUUGUCUUGGCAACAAAUGUGUCUUUUUUGUUUAAGGGUAUCAUAGAGCUGGGCAAACAGGUGAAAUCCCUUCCUCAGGUCAACUACAACAUCCUAAAAUACAUCUGCAAGUUUCUGGAUGAGGUUCAGUCUCACUCCAAUGAGAAUAAAAUGAGCGUUCAGAACCUGGCUACUGUAUUCGGACCUAAUAUCCUUCGGCCCAGAGUGGAGGAUCCAGUUACCAUGAUGGAGGGAAGUUCGCAGGUGCAACACCUGAUGACUGUACUGAUCAGUGAACACUCCCGACUUUACCAACGUGAGGAGUCAGAAACUGAGAACAAGGUUCCUCCACAGAGACAGGAGUUCCAGCGGUGCAAAGUGGAAUGGGUUUCGCAAGAAGACACCGACCCCCCGCCUUCCUCAGUCACAAGCGCCAAAACCCCUACAGAAAAGCUCCAGUCUUCCACCCCUUCAACUGAAAGUAAGACAGCUGCAUUAAGCCCUGUGACGUCAGAAAAGGGUGACGAUGGCCGGAGUGAAGGAAAAAGCAAAAGCAAGACAGAAGAGAAAGUGGAUGGAAAAGCAGAUGUCAAAACUGAAGGGAAAGGUGGAAGUGAAGUGGCUGUGAGCCCUAGUAAACAAUCUAAAGCUUUGCCCUCCUGGAGAUGCUCUUUCAAGGGCAGUGCAACCUCUGGAGGACCGAGAGGAAAAAUAGGGGGAUCGGCAGGGGAUGUGUCAGCAGCUGGUGGGAGCAACUGGCUGAUGAAUGGGCUGUCGUCCCUCCGAGCUCACAGACGCACCACCUCAUCUGGCGAAAGACUGAAAGACUCUACUCUGUCUCUAAAGGACUCAACCCUUUCCCUUAAAGAAACCACUCUUUCGCUUAAGGACUCACAAAGAGACUCUGAUGAAGACUCCUCUCGAACGUCGCUGUCUCACAGAGUCCUCCAUCAGUCCCACAGACUCUCUGCCUACGACAAUGUUGCCCCCUCUAGUCUUAGCCUGCCCGUGGACACUUCAUCCAUCUGGACAUCCUUUGAGAUCUCACUGUCUGAGCCAGAGGGAAGUGAAAAGGCAGUGAAAUUAGAACAGGGCCAAGACAGGCCCACAGAGGUGAAGGACAAUACAAACACUUUGGACCACAGCGCAAGUGGCAAUGAGGACGAUCUCACAGGAGCAAAUGAAGACUUCACAGGCAUGCUGACUGAGCUCAAGCAGGAGCUGAAGAAACAGCGGACGAGCUAUGAAACCUGCAUUCGCAAGUUGGAAGAGUCCUGUUCCAAGUAUCAGUCCCAAGUAAAUCGCCUUGAGGAGGAGUUGGACCAGGAGAAGAAGAAGUUUCACAUGCUGGAGAUCCGACUCAGGAACUCGGAGCGGGCGCAUCAAGACGCAGAAAAUCGAAACAUUCUUCUCCAGAAAGAGAUGGAGGAAUUCUUCAAAACCCUUGGAGACCUGACAACAGGUGCAACACGGACCAACUAGACCAGACCAACCUGCCUUCAUCUGGUCCAUCAGCAGAGGAGGAGUUCAGUUACUGGGAAGACCAACCAGCCCCAAAGCUUUGAAGACCAAAUACCUCUUGUGCAGUACUAAUUGCCAUCUUGCCCUCUUUAGUACAGCUGUCUUGUGCCUACACUGACCAGUGCCGGUGCCAAACGAGAACUCCUCUGGACCUAGCACCUCUCAUUUUGUCAUUUCACAAAAGUCCUUACAAUUAUAUAUAUCAUAGGUCACAUACCCAAUUAUUUACUGAAUUACUUUGUAAGAAACCAGAAAAAGCCUUAUUUAUGAAAUGAGGUAGCCUUCACAUACAUGCAAGUUUAGUGUCCCCUUAGUCUUGAAGUAAGUGUUAAUUUGACAGUACAAGAAAGAACAAUGUGAGACAUUAAAAGUCAACUCUUUUAUUUGCUGGAGUUGAAGGUAGACAGUUUCCAUUCUUGAAGUAUAUAAUUGGUCUGUUAGUGAGGCAAUUUCAGAUCCAAAGGCUAAAAUUCACGCAACUGGCAUUACCAAAACACACCACAAAAGUUCACACUCUGCUGACAGUGUUUGGCCAAAAAAAAGACUGCAGCAUCACCCCCGUGGUGCUGAAUGGCUUUCCUCUCUUUCCCUUAAAUGUACCUGCACUAAUACCAGAUUUGCUCAGAGAAAACUCAUGCGUCGUCUAUUCUACUGGUUCUAUUUUUGAGGAGGUGGAGGAGGGAAAACCACAAAAAAAAAAAGGGAAGCCACAAGAGUCCAUUGAGAUGUGGCCAAGAGAGGGUCAGGACAUGCGUCACAAUCCCCAAAGUGCAUUCUGGGAGAUGAUGCUAAGGGUUACUGCCUGGAGUGCCCAACCAUGAAAAGGGCAAAGGGACAGUUUGGAAAUUUGAGCCAUCAAAUACAUCCAAAGGUUACCGUGGCAGGUAGCAAAUGCCUGUUUCCUGACUCUCAGAAAACAUACAUACAUCUACGGUAAAAUGUACAGAUCAACCACUGACUAUACUAAUCCAUGAAAUAUACUGCACAGAAAAACAAGAAAUGAAACAAAAUGCAUAUAAAUAGUUCUUCUGAAUGAAAUGUACAUUACAGACAAUAGAUGUCACCUAGCUUGAAAUAAAUAAAUAAAUAACAGUACCGAAAAAAACUA